AUGAAGGUACGACACGAGGUCUCUGCUCUUCCGUUUCUUCUAUUUAUUCCCGUUCUUUCAUCCGCAAUCACCUUGGAUUGCGACCGCAUCGUUGUCAACCGCAUGUCAUGGGACCUGUCUCCGUUGGCCGGUCCUCACUCAGUCUUCAAUACUGUUGAACACCCGCCAACCACGAUCAAUACCACAUACACUAUAGAUUUAUGCAAACCGCUGAAAGACACAGAGUGCCCAUCGGGAACAAGGGUCUGUGGUGUCCAACGAUCAUCGGGUGAAAACAAGAUACUAGGCGCCAUUCCAAUUGCAGGAAAUUAUGUCCAAAGUUCCGGGAGGACUCUUGAUCCUAAGAUUACGCGGCUCAAGAUGACCGACUCUCAACAAGACGGCUUGCGAAUAGAAUUGCACGGAGGAAGCUAUCCGUUUAAUGGCAAGGAAUACAAACAAAAAGCCGUUAUAGAAAUGAUAUGUGACCAUGAGAGCACGGGUUUGGAAAACGAUUGGGCUGGUCGGGGAAUUAUGAUGGCCGAUGAGAAGGAAUCUGAAGUCACCAAGCCAGAUGAUAAAGAUGAUAAAGUUGACGAUAAACAAAGCCUCUCGUUUAAAAGCUACGCGCAGGUGGAUGAAAUGUUCGUCUUGAGAUUGGACUGGCGGACUAAGUAUGUCUGCGAAGACUUCCAGCACGGCGACAGAGGAAAGUCUAACCACUGGGGAUUUUUCACGUGGUUGGUUAUCAUUGUUUUCCUUUUCACCGCCGCAUACCUUAUUUUUGGUUCUUGGUUGAACUACAACAGAUACGGCGCGCGGGGCUGGGAUCUCCUUCCACAUGGUGACACCAUUCGUGAUGUCCCCUACAUUUUAAAAGACUGGGGCCGGAAGGUAGUUUCUACCGUCCAAGGACCAGGAUCGCGAGGCGGCUAUAGCGCCGUCUGA